GCAGAUUCUGUCUAGAAAGUUUGUUUGUCUGAAGAGUGUUUCAGCUUUGCAACGAUGAAGCUGUUGCUGCUGCUGUUGGUCGCUCUGGCGACCGUAGUUGUGGCAAUGCCACCAAGAAAGCUUCGCGCCGGAGUUCCAGAGAAGCCGUAUCGCUACGGCCAGCCAAAAGAGGGGAGGAAGCUUGUGUGCUAUUACGGUAGUUGGGCGGUCUACAGACCAGGGCCGGGAAAAUACGACAUUGAGGAUAUUGACCCUUUCCUGUGCACGCAUCUGGUCUUCGGAUUCGCUGCAUUGGAUAAUACCACCUGGCAAAUUACUGCCUUUGACCCGUGGAAUGAUCUCGACGACAACGGUGGAAAGGGUGCCUACCGUCGCUUCAACGCGCUGAGGCAGAUAAAUCCAGCAUUGACCACGAUCAUCGCCAUCGGUGGCUGGAAUGAAGGAUCAGAAAAGUAUUCGGACAUGGCCUCAAUCCCAGAACGAAGAGCAACCUUUGUCCAAAGCUGUGUUCAGUUUGUACAGCUUCACGGUUUCGACGGCUUGGACAUGGACUGGGAAUAUCCGAGUUACCGUGGGGGUGCUGAAGAAGACAAGAUCCACUUCGCUGCUCUCCUGCGUGAGCUGAAGGUCGCCUUCUCGGCCGCCGGGCUGCUCCUCACUUCCGCCGUGUCUCCGUCGAGGGUCACCAUCGACGAUGCCUACGACAUCCAGGCCUUGAUAGAGACCUUGGACAUCAUCAACGUCAUGGCCUAUGAUUAUCACGGCGCUUGGGACACCUACGUGCAUCACAACGCCCCAGUGCAUGGGCACGCACUUGACUCCGGCAAUAAUACCUACUUCAACGUCGAAUUCACCAUCAAUUACUGGGUGGAGCUGAUGGGUGUGCACAGCGAUCGUCUCACGAUGGGUUUGCCAUUGUAUUCCCGAGGGUUCACAUUGGAUGAUCCUGCUCUGAACCAGAUAUACGACAACGCGACAGAGGCUGGUAUCGCAGGGCCCUACACCCGCCAAGUUGGGGUCCUCGGCUACAACGAGCUUUGCGAGAUCCACCGAGACCAGGGCGAGGCUUUCCAAACCCACUGGCUCGACGACCUUAAAGCGAAAUACGUAAUCUUCGAACGCGAUGGCAUCAGGAAUCAAUGGUUUUCUUACGACGAUAUCGACGCACUUGCCGAAAAGAUGGCUUUGAUUGACGCUUUGCCGAUUGGAGGAGCAAUGGUGUGGUCAGUUGAGACCGACGACUUCCAGAACACUUGCGGAGAAGGGAAAAAUCCUCUAUUGAACUACAUCCUGCGUUCUUUGAACGGUUUUGUUCCAACGCCAGACCCAGACAGGACCACAGUUUCGCCGCCAAGUUCCACAACAAAACCGUCAGUCACGAUUCCGGGAGACGACGUCUGCGCUCAAGCCGGAAUCAAUCCCACUGGCCCUUGUUCAGGAAACUAUGUGAUUUGCGCACCGAACGGAGCUGAGUGGAUCGUCACUCAGGGCUCGUGUCCCCCGGGACUCGUCAUCAACCCGGAAAUCCUCAACUGCGAUUACCCUGACCACGUGGCAGGUUGCCAAAAGAAAAAGCAUUGAGGACUGUGACGCAGUGUCCUUCUGAGAUUCUUCGAAUUAUUUAUUGUUUGCCAGAAUAUGUUCUCGGGAUUCCGCUGACGCCUAGAUGUAGAUCAAAUGCAAGAACGAAGAAUCGGUCGGUGCUUAUCAUUGGACAAUGAAAUAAACUAAUUCAGCAUAAA